AGCCUGCCAGCUUUGGUUGGAAACACAAGAGACUGCAGAUGCUGGAAUCUGGAGCAAGAAGCAAACUGCUGGAGGAGCUCAGUUGGUCAGGCAGCAUCUGUGGAGGGAAAUGGAUUGAGAGAUAGAACAUUGAACAGUCCAGCACAGGAACAGGCUCUUCGGCCCACGAUGUCUGUGCUGAAGCACGAUGCCAAAUUAAACGUCCCCACUGCCUGCACAGAAUCCAUAUCCCACCAUUUCCCACCUGUCUAAAAGCCUCUUCAACGCCACUACCUUAUCUGCUUCCACCACUACCCCUGGCAGCACAUUCCAGGCACCUAACACUUUCUUUGUGAAACCAAAAUAAAUUGCCCUGCACAUCUCCUUUAAACUUUCCCCCUCUCACAAAGCCAUGCCCUCUAGUAAUUGACCUUUCCAUCCUGGAGGAAAGGACUCUGACUAUCUACCCUGUCUUUUCCAUUUUAUUAACUUCUAUCAGGUCUCCCCUCAGCCUCUAGUGCUCUAGAGAAAACAGCUUGCAAUGAGUCGCCACGCUCCAGUGCCAUCUUGUAGACAAACCCAAGUUUGUCCAACCCUUCCUUAUAGCUAACACCCUCUAAUCCAGGCAGUGUCCUGGUGAACCUCUUUUGCAUCCCCUCCAAAGCCUCCACAUCCUUCCCGUGAUGUGGUGACCAGAACUGCACACAAUACUCGAAGUGCGGCCUAAACAAUGUUUAGGUGCAGGUGAAGUCCAGAUGAAGGGUGUCGACCGGAAAGGUCAACUGUCCAUUUCUCUCCACAGAUACUGCCUGACCCGCUGAGUUCCUCCAGCAGCUUGUUUUUAGCUGGUUGGAUAUGUGCCUGGAGGUGUUAUUGCAUCUCCCUACCAUUCUGCUCAUAUGCAACAACCAUAUCCUCAGAGUGCUGCCUUCCCACAGCCAGUCGAAAAGUUUAAAUAAACUUUCCAUUACCCUAUCAUACCUUUUGACUGGAGAUCAAAGUUUUUCUCCCUCCCAGUGUUCAAAAAGUAAAUUUUUAAAACUUUUAAUAUAAUGACUGAUUUUAUCCCCCCUCAGAAAUAACACUCAGAGAUUAAUAUUUAAUUAUGGCAGCUGUGGUUCAGUGAGCACUACUUCCGUCUCCCAUUCUAGAGACUUGAGCACAAAAAUCUGGGCUUCGGUGUAGUAUUGAGGGAGUGCUGCACUGUCAGAUGUUACGUGACAGAGGAGAUGCUGUGAUAACUUGCCAACUGCUCCCUCAAGUAAAUGUAAAAUAUCAUCAGAAACUAUGUCAAGGUAGAGCAGGGUAACUCACCCUGAUUUUCUGGGCUAAUAUUUAUCCCUCAAUCAGCAUCCUCGAUUAUCUGCUCAUUUUAAUGUUGGUGUUUAUGGAAGCUUGCUUUGUGCAAAAUUAUUUGCAGUAUUUCCAUAAUAUUGACCAAACUUGGAAGAGGAAAGUACUUAUUUAUAGAGCCAUAAAACACAGAAAUGAACCCUGCGGCCCAAUUGGUCCAUGCCGACCGAUGCCUAUCUAAGCUAGUCCCAUUUGCCCGCAUUUGGCCCAUAUCCCUUUAAACCCUUUCUGUCCAUGUACCUGUCCAAGUACCUUUUAAAUGUUGUUAAUGGAAAUUGGUAAAUUUGUUCAUUAUUGUCACAUAUCUAUUAUUGUCACAUGGGCAGGCACGGUAGCAUAGCGGUUAGCGUAACACUAUUACAGCGCCAGCGACCCGGGUUCAAUUCCGGCCGCUGUCUGUAAGGAGUUUAUACAUUCUCCCCGUGACUGCGUGGGUUUCCUCCGGGUGUUCUGGUUUCCUUCCACAUUCCAAAGACGUACGGGUUAGGAAGUUGUGGGCAUGCUAUGUUGGCGCCAGAAACGUGAUGACACUUGCGGGCUGCCCCCAGAGCACUCUACGCAAAAGAUAUAUUUCACUGUGUGUUUCGAUGUACAUGUGACUAAUAAAGAAAUCUUAUGUACUGAAGUACAGUGAAAAACUUCAUUGAAAAACCAUGUACCUGCCCUAACCUCUUCCUCUGGCAUCUCAUUUCAUAUACAAACCGCCCUCUGGGUGAAAAAGUUGCCCCUCAGGUUACUGUAAAAUCUCUCCCCUCUCGCCUUAAACCUGUGCCCCCUAGUUCUUGAUUCCCCAACCCUGGGAAAAAGACGUGUGCAAUCACCCUAGCUACACCUCUCAUGAUUUUAUACUCGACUGUGAAACACGUCAGGAUGGACUGAGUUUGUGAAAAGCACCACUGUAAUGCAAGUCUUUUUCUUAAAAUUCCUCCCGGCCAAUCCUGGAGUGUCGGUGUCCCUGAUCCCAAUGGCACAGCUAAAUCUGGCUUCUACCAAAAUCACCAGAAUGGGUGUGAGCAGCUCCAGGACAGCCAUUUACAAACAUACAGGAGCGUCGGAAUCUUCCAUUUAUGCGCGAAUUAAGGCAUCUAUUUGCGCUAAUGGUCAGUUCCAAGAGAAAAUAUGUGGAUCCUUCAAGAGCUGUGGAAAUACUGAAGGAUACGUUCAAAUCCAAUGACUUGCAACAGCAAGACGUAAGUGAGUUUACACACAAGCUUUUGGACUGGCUAGAAGAUGCCUUUCAGGUGAAGGCAGAAGAAGAGAGAGAUGGUGAAAAGCCAAAGAACCCGAUGGUGGAGCUCUUCUACGGGCGAUUCCUGGCUGUCGGGAUGCAUGAAGGGAAGAAGUUUGAGAACUCCGAGAUGUUUGGCCAAUACCCAUUGCAGGUGAAUGGAUUUAAGGAUCUCCACGAAUGUCUGGAAGCUGCAAUGGUUGAAGGCGAGAUCGAGUCAGUACAGGUGGAAAAUUCUGUUACCUCUGCAAAGUCUGGACAAGAGCACUGGUUUACUGCACUCCCACCUGUACUAACUUUCGAACUUUCCAGAUUUGAGUUUAAUCAAGCUUUGGGAAGGCCUGAGAAGAUUCAUCACAAACUGGAAUUUCCAUCCCUGUUGUACAUGGACAGGUAUAUGGAUAAAAACCGGGAAAUAACUAGGAUCAAACGGGAAGAGAUUCGACGCCUGAAGGAACAUCUCACGGUGCUGCAGCAACGAUUGGAAAGGUACUUAAGCUACGGUUCUGGCCCCAAACGCUUCCCACUAGCCGAUGUCCUGCAGUAUGCCUUAGAGUUUGCCUCCAGUAAGCCUGUGUGUACGUCACCAGUGGAAGAUGUUGAAACAGCUGCCCCCAGUAGUACAACAGCACCACAGACAACGGCAAGACUGGAAAGCCCAACGGAACAGGGACCUGUGGCACCUACAGAAGCUCCCUGCACACCUCCUCUUCAGCGGCCAAUUGUUCACAAACCGUUCACGCAGUCCAGGGUUCCACCGGAAAUCCCAAUGCACCCAGCACCGCGGCACAUCACAGAGGACGAGCUGAGGGUGUUGGAGGGUUGUCUACAUCGAUGGAGAAUGGAAGUGGAGAAUGACACCAGAGAUCUGCAGGAGAGCAUUGCUCGGCUUCACCGCACCAUCGAGCUGAUGUACACUGACAAGACCAUGAUGCAAGUUCCCUACCGACUACAUGCGGUCUUGGUCCAUGAAGGUCAGGCUAAUGCUGGGCAUUACUGGGCCUAUAUCCAUGAUCACCACCACGAGAAAUGGAUGAAAUACAACGACAUAGCUGUUACCAAAUCCUCCUGGGAGGAGCUUGAACGAGACUCCUUUGGUGGUUACAGGAAUGCUAGUGCUUACUGCUUAAUGUACAUAAAUGACACAGAUCAAUACUUAAUAGAAGAGGAGUUUGAUAAGGAAACUGGUCAGGCACUGACAGGAAUGAACACCCUGCCCUCCGAUUUGAAAGAGUAUGUUCGAGAGGACAAUCGAAGGUUCGAGAAGGAGCUGCAAGAAUGGGACGCACAGCAGGAGAAGAAAGCCCAACUGGAGAAGCUGGAAAUACACACCGCUCCGAGGGAGCCUGCUGCAGCACCUACUUCAGUGCACGCAAAAGAGCUGAAAUACUUGGAACAGCCAACGGCAAAUCAACCGUCCAAAAUCUGUGAAGAGGACACAGCAAGGAGUGUCUCCAAAGCUGCCACUGAGUGUGAAGACCAAGGCCCGGAGGCUGCACUGCAAGCGGGCUCUGCCACUGCUUCCCUCAAGCCAGGCCCCAGCCAGCGUGUGGUUGAGGUGGAGAUUCCUCAUAUAGGAAGGUUGGUCAUAGAAUCAGAGGAAGGCGGUUAUGAUGACGAGGUCAUGCUGACCCCAACCAUGCAAGCUAUAAUCAUGGCUAUAGGUAAAGCCAGGAAUGUGUAUGACAGACACGGUCCUGAGGCGGGGUUCUUUAAGGCCUUCACAGCGGAGUACUCGCGUUUGGUCAGACUGGCACAGGAGGACACCACGCUGGACAACGACAACCGGUUAAAGCAUGUGGUCGUCUACUUGCUUCACAACGAAGCGCCAAAGAAAAUCAUCGAGAGGACACUGCUCGAGCAGUUUGCAGAUCGGAACCUCACUUUUGAUGAACGGUGUCGCAGUGUAAUGAAAAUUGCUCGGGCCAAGCUCGAGUUAAUCAAACCCAAGGAGGUCAACAUGGAGGAGUAUGAGAGGUGGCACCAGGAAUACCGAAGGUUUCGAGAAACCACCAUUUGUAUAAUGAUCGGCCUGGAGAUGUUCCAGAAGAAAUGUUUCAGUGAAGCUUUGAUUUACCUUAUCCACGCCUACCAAUAUAACAAAGAGCUGCUGUCCAAAGGCAUGUACAGAGGACAUGAUGAAGAGUUGAUAUCACACUACAGGAGGGAGUGUUUGCUUAAACUGAACGAACACGCCGCGUCUCUCUUUGAGUCAGGCGAUGACCAAGAAGUGGAGGAAGGACUCGCCACGAUGAACGAGUUGGUCGUGCCCUGCCUCCCCUUGCUGUUGGUGGAUGAAAAGGAGGAGAAAGACAUUGUGGCAGUGGAGGACAUGAGGAACCGGUGGUGCUCUUAUCUGGGCCAAGAAAUGGAACCCAACUUACAAGAGAAGCUGACGGACUUCCUGCCAAAGCUGCUGGACUGCUCAACUGAGAUCAAAGCUUUCCGUGAACCGCCAAAACUACCUUCCUUCUCCACGCACGAACUGUGUGGGCGCUAUGCUCGUGUCAUGGCGUCUCUCAGUCGAACGCCCGCCGACGGGAGAUGAAAAGAAAUACAGGAAUUUUUGUCCUCUUCUUCUCGGGAGCACGCUACAACCAACAAGGACUUCUGUUUGUUUUUGAUUUUUUUUUGUUCCGAAAUAUAACCCAUGCCUUCCUGUCACAGGGUUUGCUUGCUGCUAUAGGUUUUACUCAUUUUUACAAAAUAAAGGAAUUGAGUUAAUUGCAACCCAGGCGUCCAUUUACCAGAAUGAACUUCAAUGGCUGUACCUGACAGAAGACUAAAGCGCAUGAUGCUCCAGACACAUCUUGAGGAGGAACAGACAGAAGAGCGAGCGACAGGAAACAGAGACUGAUGUUCAAAUUAAGAGUUGAACUUUCUAAAAAAAAAGUGAGAGAUGUCCCCCUCUCCAUUCUCGUCCACCAAGUUUCUGUUACAGUGUUAACAUACCACGCUAUCGAUUACUUUUCAAGAACCACAGUUUCAUCCGCUGAAUUUUACCAAGUUAUUCUUUACAACAGUCAGAGAUAUUAGAGAUGUAGGUGCCACCCUUGUCAUCCUGUCCCCUGGAAAAUGGCAUCACAAGGCUUGUGAAGGAACUGAAAGAAUAAAGUUUUAUUUAUGGCUAUUUUUAGAUGUAAUGGUGAAACCUCUGCUGUUUUGUGUAUGUGUUUUUAAUCCCCAAAUAUCUCAAGUUAGUUUAAUUUUGAAGAUAAGGUUCCAGCCCACUUUGAAUACUCCGUGAUACUGCUGUAACCAGCAAGAAUGAAACAUCAGAGCAGGGUUAAAUAAAAUUCCGCUCUUUGUUAAUUUUCUUUCAACAUUAGUGAUGGAGCUGGAUUCAGAGGAAGACAGUUUCACCAACAGUUUCUCUGUAAGUAAGAAGGCUGAGGGGUGAUCCUAAAGUGGUCUCUAAGAUGAUGAAGAAGGGGUCUGUGAGCAUAACCACAGCAAAAUAUUUUCACUUCUGGGCGACAAUAAAAUAUAAAGGUAAUAA